UCGGAAGCACACCUGUUUUUAAUUUGUUCGGGAAGCACCUCCAAAGUGGAGCUCGAAAUUCCAAGCGAAAUUUUCUGUUUUCUCGUGCAAAUUCUCGAAGAUCUUCAAAAAUAUGUUCAUAUGGCGACAUUUGUUGAAACCAGUUUUGCCGAGAACCCUCGACGCUACACUCCGACGCAAUUCCACACAAACUAUUAAGGGAGUAGAACAAUGUGCAAGCCCUCCUUCAAAAGGUUUGGUCCUCGGUAUCUACUCCGACGAAGAGGAUAUAUUCGAUACGGGUACUUUAACUCCGGCAGGAGCCCGCUACAAUGAGCACCAGACCAACGGCCGUUUGCUGGAACUAGUUCGACUGGCUGGGCCCAUUCCGAAACGUGGAGAAGUGCGUAUAUUCUACGAUUUGGAACCCACUUUUCGAUCGGUCGCUCUUUGCGGUCUGGGUAGUGAUUGUCUCGGAUAUGAAUCAUCUGAAAAGUUAGAUGAAUCCAAGGAAGCGAUCCGGAUUGCGUCCGCCAUCGGUUGCCGAGAGCUGCAAGCACUGAAGACAAAUUUCAUCUACGUGGAAGAUAUGGGACAUGCGGAGUCAGCUGCCGAAGGGGCUCUUAUGAGCAUUUGGAUCAACCAGGAGUUAAAGAAAGUAGAGAAACGGCGGUUUGUACCACAUUGCCAGUUACACGUUGACCGCGGGUUACCAUGCGAUUCUGAUGGCUGGCGGAUCGGGGUGAUCAAAGCGGAGGCCCAGAAUCUAGCCAGACAGCUACAAGAAAUGCCAGCUAAUUACAUGACUCCUACCACAUUUGCACAGAAUGUUGUGAAAGUUUUAGCCAACUCAGGAGUGAAUGUGGAAAUAAAGGUACGUAGUUGGGCGGAAGCUCAAGGUAUGAGUUCCUUUUUGGCGGUAGCUAAAGGAUCAUGUGAGCCACCAAUUUUCCUGGAAUUGAGCUAUUACGGCGCAGGAAGUAAGGAGCGGCCGAUCGUGUUGAUUGGCCAGGGGAACACUUUUGAUAGUGGCGGUUUGUGCAUCAAAUCCUGCAAAGAUAUGGAAAUGAUGCGUGGUGACAUGUCUGGGGCAGCCUGUGUUGUGGCAGCCUGUCGAGCGAUUGCGUCGUUGAAACUACCAGUGAACAUACGAGGCCUAAUACCGCUUUGCGAACACAUGAUUGGUUGUAAUGCUAUGAAGCCCGGGGACAUUAUUCCAGUUAAAAACGGCAAGAGUAUCGAAGUCGUCGAUGUCGAUCGCGAAGGCCCUCUGGUACUGAUUGAUGCUCUGCUCUACGCUGAAACUUUCGGGCCGAAAUAUAUCGUAGAUGUUGCAACGACAUCCGAGCACGUGGUCGACUCGUUCGGAAAAGUUUGCAGCGCUGUAUACACCAAUUCUGAAGCUCUUUGGCAACGAAUCCAGAAUGCUGGUAUCCAUACGGGAGAUAGAGUGUGGAGGCUUCCUCUGUGGGAUUAUUUCACGCAACAAGUUUGUACAUUGCAACACGCCGACAUUCAAAAUGUUGGACACUGUGUUGGCGGAGAGCCAUGCUGUCAGGCUGCAUUCCUGCGGGAAUUCCUACCAUGUGGUCAAUGGUUACAUAUCGAUGCCAACAAUGUAAUGACCACGAAAGGGAUUGAUUAUCCGUACCUAAGGGGAGGCAUGGCUGGCAGACCUACAAGAACGUUGAUCGAAUUCAUCGCGCAAAGUGCUUGCAAAGAGAAGGACAUGACUGUACAGAAGACGCACGAAAGGCACUAAAUUUUUGUUUGUUCCGUAUUUAUUUUUGAACAUGUUAGAAUAAAUCAAACCACCAAUCGA